ACAUGAGGGUCUUGCGUCUCUUUCAAGCAAAUUAAUUAUAUCAAUCUGUGGAGCAAGCCAUGAACAACGUCUUGCACUGCGUCGUUUUAAUAUAUUGCAUUGUGUUGGCAUAUUAGUUUGCAUUAAUGACUAUGAUUAUAGGUAUGCACUUUUGUGGAAGCCAACGGUAAUGGUUUGACAAGUUUAUUUAAUUCUUCUGUAGUCGGCACACAAAGAACGCAUCGAGCUGAUACGAGAUGUCACCGAAUGAACGCGCGAGCUUACGCCCAGGGAGUGAGGGCGGGGCUUUCGCACAACUGAUGGUUCUUCAACAAUUUAUCCCUAAAGCUACUGGCAGCCAAUUUUCUUCAUAUUUCUACAGACCUACGACCUACACAGGAAACAAAUGUGGGAUCUUAUAUAUACAUUAAAUUGAUAUUGCUGUUUUGUUGAUCUCGCCUAUAGCAAAUAGCCUAGUCACAGGUACAUUCCAGAUUGUUUUCCUGUUACAUUUGAAUAUUUUUGUCAAAGAAUUUCUGAGUCUCGACCGCAGCCUUUUGGUCAGAAUGUCGGAUUCGGAGGACAUGGCGGAGUUUGGAUGUAUAGUCGAUCGAAUAACAAAAGGAGAGGUUCCAAUCACAAACAUUGAGCGGGAGCUUAUUUGCCCAAUAUGCAAAGAACUUUUCACGCACCCGCUCAUUCUACCAUGCCAGCAUAGUGUAUGUCACAAGUGCGUCAAAGAGUUUUUGCUCAACCAAGAAGACUCCUUCAGCACCGACGGGGGGUCAGAAUGCUCUAACCCGGGGAGUCCUCGGUCCAGAGUACCGUCUCCAAGCAUGGAGAGGCUUGAUCGGCUCGUACGAUCAGGGUCCAUCUCCUCGCCUGGAUGGAGGCGGGCCUCCGUCACUCCCCGCAUCACCACCUUCCCGUGCCCGGGCUGCCAGCAUGACAUCGACCUCGGCGAGCGGGGCAUUAGCAUGCUCUUCCGCAACUUCACGCUGGAGAACAUCGUGGAACGCUACAGGCAGGCGGCGCGGUCCGCCGUGGCCAUCCUGUGCAACGUCUGCAAGCCGCCUGUGGUGCAGGAGGCCACCAAGAGCUGCAUGGACUGCAAGGCCAGCUACUGCAACGAGUGCUUCAAGCUUCACCACCCCUGGGGCACGCCCAGAGCCCAGCACGAGUACGUGGGGCCCACCACCAACUUCAGACCAAAGGUUCUGAUGUGCCCUGAACACGAGAUGGAGAAGGUCAACAUGUACUGCGAGGUGUGCCGGCGUCCAGUGUGUCACCUCUGCAAGCUGGGUGGUUCCCAUGCUAACCAUAGGGUCACAUCCAUGAGCAGUGCCUACAAGAUCCUGAAGGAGAAGUUAUCGAAGAGUAUCCAUUACUUAAUCAGCAAAGAGGACCAAGUGCGGCAUCAGAUUUCUGACCUGGAGGUGUUGAUUCAUCAAACGGAGGAAAGCGGCCAGCUAGCCGAAAGACGCGCCAAUGAGCACUUUGAGCGUCUCUUCGAGGCUCUCCAGGAGCGGAAGACUGACAUGCUGCGUUCCAUCGAGGAGUCAAGGAAUAUGCGCCUGGGCAGUCUCCGUGGGCAGGUCGAAGAGUACCAGGGCAUGCUGGAGAACAGCGGCCUGGUUGGAUAUGCGCAGGAGGUCCUCAAGGAAACCGACCAGUCCUGCUUUGUGCAGACGGCCAAGCAGCUUCACGUCAGAAUACAAAAGGCCACCGAAUCCUUGAGGACGUUCCAGGCUUCAGCCAACCCCUGCUUUGAUGAGUUCCUGGUGGACACCUCCAAGGAGGAGCUCAUGCUGAAGGAACUAACGUUUGGCGGAGUUCCAGACCCGCCCAUGAUUGACCUGACCCGCAGCUGCGUGUACAACGAGGGCCAGAUCCACUGGCGCCUGUCCGAGGACACCCUCCCCACCGACCGCCACGUGCUGGAGUACCGCAAGGUGGCCCCCGGGGAAGAGAACUCCUGGCAGGCCUCCGACCACAUCUACGGCUCCAGCACUGUGGUCACCAACCUUGACAGCGACAGCACCUACUCCUUCCGGGUCAAGACUUACCGCAACACUCUGUGCAGCCCUUACUGUCCCGAAGUGAACUUCCACACACCUCCGGCUCCCGUGUUCGGCUGCUUGUUUAAUGACAAGUGUGGCUUCAGCCCGGAGCGGCUUGUGCUGAGUAAGCGGCGUGACUCGGUGGAGAGUGUGGCCGGCAUGGCCUUCCUGCUCCAGGCCGAGCGCGUUCAGACCGGCAGCUACAUCGGCCUGGACUACAUCAUCGGUGACCCGGGAAUCGCUCAGGGCAGGCACUUCUGGGCCUUCCGCGUGGAGCCACACUCCUACAUGGUGAAGGUGGGGGUGGCGUCUGACUCCAAGCUGGUGGAGUGGUUCCAUAACCCCCGUGACACCAGCAGUCCCAGGUACGACCAUGACAGCGGGCAUGACAGCGGCAGUGAGGAUGCCUGCUACGACCUCUCGCAGCCUUUCACGCUGAUCACUGUGGGCAUGGGCAAGGUCUUCAUUCCCAAGGCUUCGCUCAACGCCACGGCCACCUCCACCUCCGGUGGCAGUGGCGAGUACCAGGCUAGCCGCGUGCUGCCCAUGCCGGCGCGCAUCGGCGUGUGCCUGGACUAUGAGGCGGGCCGUGUCUCCUUCUUCGACGCCGACAGCAUGCGGCUGCUGUACGAACGGCAGGUGGACUGUUCCGACCAUGUACCCGGCCUUCGGCCUGGGGGAGCGGCGCCGUCCACCUGGAGGAGUUCAUCGCCACCAAGCGCCUUACCUACAUGUGAGCGGGAGAGAGGGACGAGCGGUUGGGGCAACCAGCCCGACUGCUUGCCUUGGAUAUCAGAGCUCACCUGACGCCCAUGAUAACUCUUGUUCUAGUUUAUCUGAGAUGUUUUUAUUUUUGGUGGUGUGGUUUAGUUUUUGUGGGUUUCUUUUUUUUCAUUCAGGUAAUUUUGGAGGUUAAUUAUGUUUCUUUUCUUUCUGUACAAAAUCACUUCUGUCACACAACAACAGUCAAGUUGAUCCUGGGAAACCUUGCUUCUUAUGCCUAUGUGCCUUUUCUUUGGGGGAUAUGGGAUACGUAGAAGGUGCUCUCUGAUUCUUGUCACCUUAGCAUUACUGCACAGUACUUCCACAUGGGGAAUCUCACCACAAAAGCAGCACAGAUGCACGUCUUCUAAGUAAUACGAAUGUCACUGCUUUCAUUUUCUGUUUGCUUCAGAACUCACCUCUUAUGUACAGAACAUGAAUCAUUUCAGGUAAACUUGAAUUCAGUAACCGCAACACAUCAUGCACUAAUGUUAUUAGCACGUAGCACUACUCACUGAGCAAGGUCUUUAUGGACCUGCUGGUGUCCCCAUUUUGUUUAGGUACAGACACACAAAAUCAUGUUCACAAGUCUUUCAAGUACCGAUUGUUGAAAAUGGGAAAAAUUUUACUUUUUUACACAUUUCACUGCAUGCGUUUUGUUUUGUUUUGGGCAUUGGAUUAAGCACAGCCACACAUUUCAACACAUUUUCAACACAUUAUGUAUCUAUUGCAUCUACAGCAUAAACAUGUUUUAUUGUGAAUGUAUAACUUGGGCACGGAUGGCUUUAACAUCACUGCUAUGUCUUAACUGGGCAAAAACAAACCAUCUGUAAACCAUGUGCAGAAAAAAAAUGCUGGACACAUCAUGCAGCAUCAUGAUCAGUAUUGCCCAGGAGGCUCUGAUCAUGGAUAUGGCCUUUUGUGAUUUAAUCACACACUUGUGGGUACUGUUGGCAGGUGAACCAGGUCACUGGCUGAAAGGGUAAUUUUUUUUCUUUCUUCUUCAGUGAUCGGAAAUAGGAUAUUCAUUUCAGUGUUUUCUCAGGUUUUGGCCAAAAGGGCCUCAUGCUACCUACCUCCUGUGAGCACUGGAAAAACAUUCUAACACGCCGAUUCGUUUUUGUCAGCACUGUAGAGAAAUGUAACGCUUUUAGCCAUUGAGCUUACUAAGUCUGUUAGUGUAUAUUUACUCGUUCUCACAUACUCAAGCUUGUUUGGUGAACAUACAGUUAAUAUGCUCUCGAAGCACCAGUCACUCGUUGACUCUGGCAGUAAGCAGAUAUUAAUUGUUUUAGUUUUUUUUUUUUUCAGAACCGAUUAUAUUUCUCAACUGAUAAAAUAAAAUUCCUCUAGAUUGAUUUAAUUGAUGUGACAAGAAAAACAUGUAAUCAUACAAAACAUGUCUUGAGUCUAUUCACUCUUGAAAUCUUUCUGUCUAGUGAGCAUUUUAGUGUUAUUUAGUGUCGAAUAAUUUAUUAAUUCAUUUCAUUUUUAGUGGAUGGUGAUUUGACACAGUAUGUACUCAAUAUGUAUGUGUCUAGUCUUUAAUUUAUUUGGGUGUUGGUAUUACAUGGCAGUGCAUAACUUUAUGAUCUGCUCAGUCAUUCCAUUUUGUACACGCUAAACUUCGGCUUAUGUGUGGAAUGAAAAAUAAUCUAUGCACAUGGUUCGUGCAUGUGUGAGUUUAGUCAUUCUUAUUUUCAGUGUUGCUUUGUAAUUGAAUGUAUGAUCGUUCGAGGACAGAGGUUACAAGUUACCAAAUGUUUUAAUGAGUUAGGUGUGUGUGUGUGUGUGUGUGUGUGUGUGUGUGUGUGUUUAUGCGUUUAAUGGAUCAUGUUCUUGGAAACAGUGGUAGCAGCUGUAGUUGGGUGGUAGUGUCAUGAGCUGUAUUGAGCUGGUGUUGCUAAUAUAAGAGGGUAUGUUUUUAGUUUUCUGUGAACAUUUUAAAAACUUCAUAUUCUGAGGGUGCCCUAUCUAAUUAAUCAAGCUAGCACUUUAUAGCAUGUUUGCCACUUGCCUCAGUACAGGUUUGUGUGGAGUUUUGGUGUGUGUGUGCAAUAUUAGAGCAUAGGAGGUGGUACUGCUCUCUGUGAGUGUAAUGCUUUAACGAAAACGAAAACGAGAAGCUGUUAUUCACUUGUGUCAAUCUACUGUAUGGAUUUUAAUUUGUGCUGUUUGGGGUUUUAUAUAAAAAUAAAUUGGCGUGUUUUUAAUUUU